AUGACUUCCUCUUCAUCAACCUCUGCCGCUGCAAAUGUUGGACCCUCUGCUUCCUCUUCCUCUUCCUCCAAUGGCAAAAAACCUAAAUAUUCUAAAUUUUCACAGCAAGAACUUUCUGCAUGGCAACCAAUUAUAACACCGUCAUGGGUCAUUACACAAUUUACAGUCAUCGCAGUUAUCUUCAUCCCCCUUGGUCUUGCCUCAUUAUCUGCGUCAGAGCGUGUGGUGGAAAUAAGCUACAGAUAUGAUCAGGAAUGCAUCCCUUAUAAAUACAGUGAUGAUGAAGUGGCCUUUAUUCAAAGCACUGCAACAAAGAAGACUUGCAUCAGGAGAUGGAUUGUUACAAAAAAGAUGAAAGCCCCAAUAUAUGUUUAUUAUCAGCUUGAUAAUUUCUAUCAGAAUCAUCGAAGAUUUGUUAAAAGUAGAGAUGACAAACAACUACGGAAUAAGGCAGAUGAGAAGGGAUCAUCAUCUUGUGAACCUGAACUAAAUUAUGAUGGAAAACCAAUUGUUCCCUGUGGCCUCAUUGCAUGGAGUUUGUUCAAUGACACCUUCAGCCUUUCAGCAAACAACAAGACUUUACUGAUCGACAAAAAGAAUAUAGCAUGGAAGAGUGACAAGACCAAAAGAUUUGGUUCUGAUGUGUAUCCAAAAAACUUUCAGCAGGGAAACUUGAUUGGCGGAGCGAAACUCAAUGAGAGCAUACCUCUGAGUGAACAAGAGGAUCUCAUGGUUUGGAUGCGAACUGCACCAUUGUCUUCUUUCAGAAAACUAUAUGGGAAGAUUGAGACUGACCUUGAAGUCAAUGAUGAACUUGACAUAGUUAUUCAGAACAACUAUAAUACAUACAGUUAUGGAGGAAAAAAGGUUCUGGUUCUUUCAACAACUACCUGGAUUGGGGGGAGAAAUGAUUUUGUGGGGAUGGCGUGUCUUGCCAUUGGCGGGCUGUCCUUGUUGUUUGAGUUAGUGUUCAUGAGUAUGCAUGUGAUGAAACCAAGACCUCUUGGGGAUCCAUCCUACUUGUCCUGGAACAAAUAUUCAGAAAAAGACCGUGUAGGAUAAUUUGAACACUUUCAUCCAUGGUGAGACUUCACAAAGCUCUAUAUUCU